UUUAUUCUAUUAUAGUAUAUAAUAUAGGAUGGGUAGAAAAUCUAAGCCACAGGAAUUUACAUUGGACGAAGUUAUAAAACUUGGCGGGACUGCGGAUGAUUUUGAAGCGCUGAAAAAUCUUCAAGAUGGCUCUGCUACUAAAACAGAAAAGAUAAAAGGAAGUUUAAAGGAUGAUGAAUUCAAAAGCUUUUUUAAAUCCAUUGGGUUUGAUAAAUAUGAUGAAGAAGAGUCUGAUGAGAACCCACCAACAUCUUCCAUUAAAAAAACCAAAAAAUCUGAUCAGUUCAAAAGCCAAUCGAAAUCACCUAUAAAGACGAAGGAUUUGAAAGUAACCGGGAAGCGAGAAUCAAAAUUCAAGAAGAGUAAUGAACCUGAGAAAAAAAGAAAGAAUGAUAAAAAAACUCAUUCUGCUCCUAUUCAAGAUGACCAAAUAUCAAGCACUUCUGAUAAAAUUCCACUAUCUUCACAAUCAUCAUUAAAAUCGAAAUUGCCUGCAGAUGUAUUUAAACAAAUAUUGGAAAUAGCAGCAAUAGUUCCAAAAAAGUCUGUUAUCAAACCAGGAGGGCCAUGGUAUUCCAAUGAUAUAUCAAAAGUGCAUACUAAUAGCAGUGCAUUGGAAGCAAAUGAUUAUAUUGUCUCUCAGUUGAAGACAAUCGGCACCAAUUUACUUGACAACGAAGCCCAGUUAUAUAAAAAUCGUAAAAAUAAACAGGAAUCUGGAAAUGAUAUGUGGAUGAAAACUGUCAUUUCUUCAGGUACUUUAUCUGACAAAGUUGCAGCAUAUACUUUGAUGUUGCAGAAUGCUCCUGUACAUAAUUAUUGGUGCCUGGAUACAUUUUUAGCAAUGUUAAGAAAGAAAGGAAAGAGAGAGGCUGUUAUAGGAUUGGAAGCGUUACGUGACAUUUUUCUUUCUGAGCUUCUGCCAGAGUCAAAAAGACUUCGACAUUUUCAUUCUCAACCAGUGGAAUCAUUAAAACAAGUGUUUAAUGACGAAUCUAACAAUUUCAACGCUAAAAGAGUAGAAAUUCAGCGUAGAGUCAUUUUCUGGGCAUAUGAAGAUUUAUUGAAGAAUUCGUACAAACAACUUGUCGAUUCUCUCGGAAAUUUUUUCCUUCAAGAUUCGCUCGAUAAUAUUAAAAUAAAAGGAAUGAAAAUCACCUUAGAGCUACUGACAGCAAAACCAGAGCAAGAAAGAGAAUUAUUAACAAUGUUGGUCAACAAAUUAGGAGAUCCAAAUCACAAAAUAGCAUCGAAAGGACUUCACAUGCUUCAUUGUCUUAUACAAGAACAUCCAGUCAUGCAAGGAAUUGUUGUCAAUUCUGUUCGGGAUCUUUUACUUCGACCAAACAUUCAACCAAAAUGCCAAUACUAUUGCAUAUGUUUUCUCAGCUCCCAGAUUUUAAGUCAUGACAGGAAAGACGUUGCAAGCAAUCUUAUACAAAUUUAUCUUGGAUUUUUCAAAGCCGCUGUACAAAAGAAGCAAGUGGAUAACAAACUACUGAGCGCAUUGCUAACUGGUGUCAAUAGAGCUUAUCCAUAUGCUAACACGGAAGAUGUUAAAAUCAUCGAAGAAUUGAAUGUUUUAUUUCGAACGGUUCAUGUUUCAAGUUUUGGAACUACGGUGCAAGCUCUUAUGCUGUUGCUUCAGGUUUUGUCUUCCAGAGAUGAGUUGUCUGACCGAUACUAUAAUGCAUUGUACAGUUCAUUAUAUCAUGUUGAAUUACCAAUAUGUACAAACAGGCAUCCUAUGUAUUUGAAUCUUCUUUAUAGAUCAAUGAAAGCGGACCCAUCAGAUGCCAGAGUACAAGCAUUCUUGAAACGCCUUUUACAAACUUGUACAUUACAACAUGCAGCAUAUACAAGUGCAGUGCUUGUUUUGAUAGCGGAGUUAUCGAAAUCAAGACCAAGUAUAAGAUGUUUUUUGAGUGGGAAUCGCUUCAAAUCUGUCUCUACUGCAGGUAGUAAAAAAGGAAAAAUUGAUGAAGACAGUGAUGAAGAACAUUUUUCUGAUGCUGACAAACAUGAUGGUACUCAAAUCAAUGAAAGUUCCAAUAUUGAAAAUGCUAGUGACAAGCAAAAAACAGAAGGUAAUUCAUGGACGCAUUUGCACAAGAAGAAUGUUCAUCACCAAUCAACUACGUACGAUCCCACUCAUCGCAACCCGACAUUUGCAAAUGCAGAAAAGACUUCUCUUUGGGAACUCCAUCAAAUCAGAUCUCAUUUUCAUCCAACCAUUGUCAAAUUUGCCUCAGAAAUUACUGACAUUGGAAGAAAUAAUGAACCUGAUAAAUAUUCUGGCGAUCCAUUGCAAGACUUCACUUUGAUGCGAUUUCUUGAUAAAUUUGUAUACCGGAAUCCAAAAGCAAGACAAGAUAAAGAGAUUGGUGCAAAUGCUGGGGAAUCUCUGUUUAGAAAAAGGAAGCGAACCAUGGCUGAGACUCAAGCAGUAGCCGCCAAUACGCCAGAAUUUUUAGCCAAGAAAUCAUACAAUCCAGAAGAAAUUUUCUUACAAAGAUAUUUUGCUGCUCGUGCUGCUAUUUCAACACACUCAGACAAAAACCAAAACAAAAAAUCCAUCGCUAAUGAAGAAGGAAGUGAUAUAGAAGAAGUGUCAGAUGAUGAAUUUGACAAAUUUCUUUCCUCAACCGAAGGAAAAGCAGAGCUCGAAAGUCAAUAUAAUUUUGCUGAUGCUGCCAGUAUGGGCCCAAAAAAUAAAAAGCAAAAAAUGGACAUGGACGAGAACAGUGAUGAAGAUGAAGAUGGAGAUUUCGAGGAUAUGGGUGAAGAUGAUGAAGUGGAUUUUGAUGAUGAAGAUCCAUUUAGUGAGAGUGGAAUGACUUUUGGUAAUGUCAAUGAUGAUGCUGAUGAUGUACCAGAAGAAGAUGAUUCUGCUCCAAAACAAAAGAUUAAUAAAAAGAAUAGAAAGAAAUCAUCAUCUGCAGCCGACGUUGAAGCUUUUGAUAUGAUGUUGGAGGAAAACACUCAGAACAAGUUUAAUUCAUCUGGUAGUGGUGCGAUUCGAAAUUCAGAUCGCUCAAGCGUGAAACAAUUGAAUUGGGAAAGGAAGAAGGAAAUGAAGGAGAUUGUUGCAAGAAAACGUGCUCAAAAGAAAGGCGGUGGUUUUUCCAAUCGAAAUAAUAAAGGAAAUAAGUUCGAUUCAAGGAAGAAUAAAAGAUCUUCUCAAAAGAAAAACUUUCAAAAGGGAAGGAAGAGUUAUACUAGACGUUAAAUGUUUUUCACUGGUGCUAAUAAAAAAUCAAUCAUGUCUGAA